AUGGGUCACCACCACUUCCAAUAUCGGGCCCUCCCAUUCAGGCUAUCCAUGGCCCCUCGCAUUUUCACAAAGUGUAUGGCAGUGGUGGCUGCAGCUCUGCAUCUUCGAGAUAUCACCAUCUUCCCGUAUCUGGACGACUGGCUCCUGACUGCUCAGUCGCCUCAACAGCUCAAACGGGACAAUUCAGGUCACGCUAUCGCUUCUAGCAUCCCUAGGUCCAUCAACAAUAAGUCCGUUGUCCUUCGGGAUUACCUGCGGGAGCAGGAUGCGGACCUGGCUUGCGUGACCGAGACCUGGGUGCGAGAUGGAGAGACCGUGGCUUUCUCCCAGAUGACCCCCCCGGGAAACGGGGAUGGCCACGGGCAGAUACUCCAGCGCUUUCCAGAGAAGGACUGGGAGGAUAACCCUUUCCCUCAGGGCAUUGAACUGUUCUGCCAGCCGAGUGGGUGGCAGCUCUUCAGCGAGAGACACCCCCCAACUUUCUUCAUUGCUGUCCUGACAGACAUCAACUCAGAGAGGCAUUACUGCGCUUGCUUCACAUUCUGGGAGGCUGUUGAGAAUACCCAGAACCGCCUGAAGAAUGAGGAAGAGGAGGUGGCAGCUCUCAUCCAGCCCGCUCAGCUGUUUGCCCCCAAAAGCUUGGUGCUUGUCUCUAGAUUGGACCAUGCUGAUGUCUUCCGGAACUGCCUGGGGCUGAUCUAUACCAUCUACGUGGACGGACUGAGCGCUUCCUUGGAGACGGUCAUUGGGAACCUCUUGACCUGCACCAUCCCCAUCACAGGAGGCACCCAGAGGACCAUCUCUCUUGGUGCCGGUGACAGGCAAGUGAUCCAGACGCCCAUCUCCGACUCCCUGCCGGUCAGCAACUGCAGCGUGGCCCUUCUCUUCCGACAGCUGGGGAUCACCAAUGUGCUGUGCCUCUUUUGUGCCGCUCUGACGGAGCACAAGAUCCUGUUUCUCUCCAGUAGCUACCAGCGGCUGACUGAUGCCUGCCGGGGCCUUCUGGCCCUCAUGUUCCCCCUGAAAUACAGCUUCACGUAUGUUCCCAUCCUGCCGGCUCAGCUCCUUGAGGUCCUCAGCACACCCACCCCUUUCAUCAUCGGCGUCAGCUCGGCCUUUCAGUCCGAGACACAGGAACUGUUGGAUGUGAUUGUGACAGACCUGGAUGGUGGGACGGUCACAGUGCCUGAGUGCAUUCACAUCUCCCUUUUGCCUGAGCCCCUUCUCCAUCAGACACGAGAGGCCCUCUCUAUGGUCUUGGACCCCGAGCUGGAGAUUGCAGACCUGGCCUUCCCCCCCUCCACCAUCUCUGCUUCCUCCCUCAAGAUGCAGGACAAGGAGAUCCGGGCCGUUUUCCUGCGUCUGUUUGCACAGCUGCUGCAAGGCUACCGCUGGUGCCUGCACAUCAUCCGCAUCCAUCCAGAGCCUGUCAUUCGCUUCCACAAGGCAGCCUUCCUCGGGCAGCGUGGACUGGUGGAAGACGACUUCCUCCCCAAGGUGCUGGAGGGCAUGGCGUUCGCUGGCUUUGUGACCGAGAGGGGCCCCCCCUACCGGGCAACUGACCUCUUUGACGAGCUGGUGGCUAAUGAAGCCAGACGGAUGCAAGCAGAUGAAGGGAGCAAGGCCCGGGUUCUGCGCCACAUCAAGGAGCUGGCAGAGCAGCUCUACAAGAAUGAGAACCCGUACCCCGCCGUGACAAUGCACAAAGUGCAGAAGCCUGCCGAGGGCUGCCAUUUGCGCCUGCACCAGAGGCCUUUCCCUCGCCUGGAUGAGGGGACCAUCCAGUGGAUCAUUGACCAGGCCACAGCCAAGCUCCAGACGGCUCCCCCGGCAGUGAAGGCAGAGAAGAAGUGCAUGGUGCCCUCGGGGCCUCCCCUGGGUGCCAUCAUGGAGCGCAAUGGCAUCGUCUUGGCCAACAGUGCCCGUCGGCUGGAGGUCGUGAGGAACUGCAUCACCUAUGUCUUUGAGAGCAAGAUGCUGGAGGCCAAAAAGCUUCUCCCUGCUGUGCUGAGAGCCAUGAAGAGCCGGGCUGCCCGGCAGUGUCUGACUCAGGAGCUGAACCUGCACGUGCAGCAGAACAGAGCCGUGCUCGACCACCAGCAGUUCGACUUCAUCGUCCGCAUGAUGAACUGCUGUUUGCAGGACUGCAGUGCCGCGGAUGAACACGGGAUUGCUGCAGCGCUUCUGCCGCUGGUCACUGCUUUCUGCCGGAAGCUCAGCCCAGGGAUCACACAGUUCGCCUACAGCUGCGUGCAGGAGCACCUGGUGUGGACCAAUAUCCAGUUCUGGGAAGCGAUGUUCUACAGUGAUGUGCAGAACCACAUCCGGGCUCUGUACCUGGAGGGCAGCGAGGAGGAGAACGGGGCGCAGAAGGAACAGUCUGCGCUGGAGAUUGCUGCGGAGCAGUGUUGCUACUGGCCGACCCUCAGCCGCGAGAAGCAGCAGGAACUAAUCCAGAAGGAGGAGAGCACCGUCUUCAGCCAAGCCAUUCACUACGCCAACCGCAUGAGCUACCUGCUGCUGCCCCUGGACACCAGCAAGAGCCUCCGGCUGCUGCGGAGCUCAGGCCUGGCUGACGCAGAGAGUGUCAGCAACAGCUUCAUCACCAGCAGUAUUGCUGGCAGUGUAGCCGACAGCUAUGACACGGAGAGCGGCUUUGAGGAGGCUGAAAGCUCUGACGUGGCCAACUAUGUGGUACGAUUCAUCAACCGCUUUGUGGACAAAGUCUGCACGGAAAGUGGCGUCACAAACGAGCAUCUCAAGGGGCUGCACGUCAUGAUCCCAGAUAUUGUCCAGAUGCACAUUGAGACCCUUGAUGCUGUGCACAGAGAGAGCAAGAGGCUGCCCCCAAUACAGAAGCCCAAGCUACUCCGGCCAAGCUUGUUGAUUGGGGAAGAGAGCGUGAUGGAGGGCCUUCGGGUGUACCUCAUGCCUGACGGGAGGGAAGAAGCUGCCGGGGGGAGCACGGGUGGCCCUGCUCUGCUCCCUGCUGAAGGAGCCGUCUUCCUCACCACCUACCGCAUCAUUUUCAAGGGCACCCCGACGGACCCGUUAGCCGGGGAGCAGGUGGUGGUGCGUUCCUUCCCCAUUGCCUCCCUGACCAAGGAGGAGAAGACCACGGUCCAAGCCCAGGUGGAUCAGUUCAUCCAGGAGGGGUGCGCUCAGCUCCAGCUGCGCUCCUGCACAUUCCAGUUGCUGCGCAUUGCCUUUGAUGAGGAGGUGGCCUCUGAGAGUGCGGAGAUCUUUAGGAAGCACCUGAGCAAACUGCGCUACCCACAGCACAUCUCGGACAGCUUUGCUUUCACAGCGGGCCACGUGACCAAGCAGGCUGUGGCACCCAAGGCCAAGGAGAAGAACCCGUCGCUCAGGGCCAUCUCCAAGAUCCUGGUGAAAAAUGCAAAGAAGACCAUUGGCCGUCAGUACGUCACCCGCAAGAAAUACAACCCCCCUCCCUGGGAGCAUCGUGGCACCCAGCAGCAGCAACACUUCCCAGAGGACCAGGAGGACGAUGAGAUCUCAGUGUCGGAAGAAGUCGAACGGAGCACUUUGACCCCCUCGGCAGCCACCAUCAAGCCUUCGGACAAGAUGACCAUGAGCCACCUGGUGGAGCGGGCCUGCUGCAGGGACUACCAGCGCUUGGGCUUGGGCACGCUGAGCAACAGCCUCACCCGCUCCAAGAACGAGCCCUUCCGCAUCUCCACAGUCAAUCGCAUGUACGCCGUCUGCCGGAGUUAUCCAGGACUGCUGAUCGUUCCUCAGAGCAUCCAGGACAACACCAUCCAGCGGAUCUCACGCUGCUACCGCCAGAGCCGCUUCCCUGUGGUGUGCUGGCGCAGUUCCCGCACCAAGGCAGUGCUUCUGCGCUCCGGUGGGCUGCACGGCAAAGGGGUGGUGGGCCUCUUCAAGGCGCAGAAUGCUCCAGCUCCAGGCCCGUCGCAAGCCGAUUCCACCAGCCUGGAGCAAGAGAAGUACCUGCAGGCAGUCAUCAACUCCAUGCCCCACUAUUCAGAGGCUGGCAGCCGCAACACACUCAGCGGUUUCCCCUCUGCCCAGAUGAGCAGCUCAGAUUCUUCUGAGAAGCGGCAGCCCAAGCUGGGAUCCCUUAUGAAGCAGGUGAUGGGAGGGAAGGACGGAGGGCCCGGCACUAUUAGCCGUGGAGCACUAGGUCACCGAGCUAGGGUCAUUACUCUCUCCAGCCCCAGGAGCCCACCAGCAAAGGGACGUGACUCCCCCCGAGGCAAGUGGGGCAGCAUCCGAGCCAGCGGGGCGCGCGUGAGCAGCUACGCCCUCAACAUGGAGAUUGGCUCCCGCUUGGCGGGGAAGGAACUCCUGAGCACCCAGCCCAACGGGUCCCCCUCUGCCGAGGCCAGCACCUUUCUGCGCCAGCACCGGGCUUCCCUGUACAUCAUCGGAGAUAAAUCCCAGCUCAGGGGGGUGAAGCCAGACCCAUUGCAGCACUGGGAGGUGGUGCCCAUCGAGGUGUUUGAAGCCCGGCAGGUCAAGACCAGCUUCAAGAAGCUCAUGAAGGCCUGCGUGCCCAGCAGCCCAACGGCAGAGCCGGGCGUGGCCUACCUGCGCUCCCUGGAGGAGUCGGAGUGGCUGGUGCAGAUCCACAAGAUCCUGCAAAUUUCUGUGUUGGUGGUGGAGCUGCUGGACACGGGUUCCUCGGUGCUGGUCAGCCUGGAGGACGGCUGGGACAUCACUACCCAGGUGGUGUCUCUUGUGCAGCUGCUCUCGGAUCCUUAUUACCGCACCAUGGAGGGGUUCCGGCUUCUGAUUGAGAAGGAGUGGCUAUCCUUUGGGCACCGGUUCAGCCAUCGAGGGGCGCAGACCCUAGCUAGCCAGAGCAGCGGCUUCACACCCGUCUUCCUGCAGUUCCUGGAUUGUGUCCACCAGAUCCACUUGCAGUUCCCCUUGGAGUUCGAGUUCAGCCAGUACUACCUGAAGUUCCUCAGCUACCAUGCUGUGUCUGCUCGUUUCCGCACUUUCCUGCUGGACUCUGACUACGAGCGGCUGGAGCUGGGCCUCCUGUAUGAAGAGAAAGGGGACCGGAAAGGAUCCUCCCAGCUCUUCAGAUCCGUUUGGGACUACAUUGACCGCCUGAACAAGAAGACGCCGGUCUUCUUCAAUUACUUGUAUGCUCCUGAGGACGGGGAGGUGCUCCGUCCGUACAGCAACAUCUCCAACCUCAAAGUCUGGGACUACUACACACAGGAGACCCUGUCCGAGGGCCCCUCCUAUGACUGGGAGCUGGUGCAGGGCCAGGCGGAGCCCAGCGAGGAGGCCGGACAGCAGGACACCAGCGCCCCACAGAGCAAGCGCAAGAUCAUUUGGCCCUGCUAUGACAACUGCAGCCGCUUGGAGCCUGAUGCCAUCUCCCGGCUGCUGGAGGAGCUCCAGAAUCUGGAAAUGGAGCUGGGGCAGGUUCCAGAACGCUGGAAAGAGACGUGGGACAAAGUGAAGGCCUUUCAGCGGUCAGAGGCCCAGGCAGACUCUAGCAGCAACAGCAGCAGCAGAGCAGCAGCUGGCUCCCUACUGAUGGCCUCUAGUCUGCCCCAUCAGCGGCGCUCCCUGGGCGUCUACCUGCAAGAGAGCGGCGUCAGCUCUACCAUCAACCUCAGCCUGGACAGUGACACCAGCAGCACGUCCACCCCCUCCAGUAGCAAGCAGGGGGGCCGCAGAAGCACCAGCACCCUCUACAGCCAGUUCCAGACGGCAGAAAGCGAGAACCGGUCAUACGAAGGAUCGCUUUACAAGAAAGGCGCCUUCAUGAAGCCUUGGAAGCCACGGUGGUUUGUGCUGGAUAAAACGAAGCACCAGCUGCGGUACUACGACAGCCGCCUGGACACAGAGUGCAAAGGGGUCAUUGAUCUGGCGGAGGUGGAGUCCAUCACUCCAGGGACUCCCACCAUGGGAGCUCCAAAAAUGGUGGAUGAAAAGGCCUUCUUCGAUCUGAAGACGACAAAGCGUGUUUACAAUUUCUGUGCCCAGGAUGUGCAGCUGGCCCAGCAGUGGAUAGACCGCAUCCAGAGCUGCUUGUCUGAUGCCUAAGCUUGUCCUGUGGUUGCCCGUCUGGGCCUCAGCAAGUGACAGGGUCCGGGCAGGGUUCAUGGAGGGUCGGUCGUGUAGGAAGGAGAUGCCCCUCUCUACGGCCUCAGGCCCCAGGGUCAGUCUGUUACACCAGGGUCAGAAGAGGCUUGGGGGAGCAACACAGCAGGAAGUGUGAGCAGAGGAGUCUCCGCCCCCUUCCCCCCUGCUGCCCUAGAGAUUUCAGCUUCCACACUUCUGAGGGGGGGCAUAGUGAGGAGACCCUUCUCUUGUCUCCUGGGGCUGGCUGGCUUGUUCGCUGCUCUGGCAGGGAAGGAGGGGCCAGGUGUGCUGCUGAGGAGAGAAGUGGCCUGAAGGCAGCCUGAACAGUGUUAGAGCCCUUGGGCCUUGUCUGCAGCAGUGUCAGGGCUGGGGCCCGCAGCUCCUGGUAUUGGAUCUCGGAAGCAUAAGUGGUGUGGUCUGCUACGGGCUGCUUGAAGAUGGAUCUGGGGCAGGGGUGGGGAUUGCCAGUCUUGGGUUGGCCAGCCCGAGGAGGAGGAUGCCACUUCUUUUAAGCCAACACACUGGAGCUUCUAGCGGGAUCGCCGCAGACCGAUGUCGGUCUCUCUGAUGCCCCGCUGGCUGCUUAAUGCAGCUGGACACCCCUUUCUCCCUCGUUCUCCCUGUAUCAUAUUCUGUGCCCAUCCUCAAGUGAAUCAUGUUGCUGCCUCUCCUCAUGGGCUGGGGAGCUCCCGGCCUCGGCCUGGCUUGGCAGGCGGGACGAUCUUCCCUUUCAAAGGAAUGCUUUAUUUGAAGCCUCAAGGCCUUGUACAGACUCUCUCCUGCCUAGUGCCCCACCUCCCCCUUGCCCUACUUUUUAAAUUUGUACAAUAAAGGCUGAGGUAAGGUAGUGCAGGCUGUUGUGAAACACAGGACUUUGUACCUUACCUGAGCGGUUGUAGAUUAUUGAAGUUUCUGUACAUUGUGUCAAACCUACAGAGUCCUUGUAUUGUAUUGUGCCUAGAGGAAAAAUAUAUGAAGAGGAAAAAGUUAAUUGAAUUUAAUAAAAAAAUAAAUAAAUACCA